GCGGGGGGCGGGGCGUCGCGGUGUCUCCCGGGCGCCCUUCACGCGCCUUCAGUCUCCAUCUUCUUCUUGUUCGCCAGCCCCGCACAGCAAUGCUGACCGCACGGCUCUCUUCCACCGUCGCCAGGGCGCUCGCCCGCCACUCAUGCCGCUCGGUGGCAAGGGGUGCGCUGGGAGCUGGGUUUGUGGCCAGCAGGGAUGUCCACUCUUCCGCUGCAGCUUUCCAGAAGAUCGGCACGGCUGAGGUGUCGUCAAUCCUGGAGGAUAAGAUCCUGGGAACAGAUAUGUCAGCUGAGCUGGAGGAGACAGGCCGUGUGCUGUCCAUCGGAGAUGGUAUUGCUCGUGUCUACGGCCUCAAGAACAUCCAGGCUGAGGAGAUGGUGGAGUUCUCUUCCGGCCUGAAGGGUAUGGCCUUGAACUUGGAGCCCGACAACGUGGGCGUGGUGGUGUUCGGUAAUGACAAGCUGAUCAAGGAGGGCGACGUGGUGAAGCGGACCGGGGCCAUCGUGGACGUCCCGGUCGGAGAGGAACUGCUGGGACGCGUCGUGGAUGCCCUGGGAAACGCCAUCGAUGGGAAGGGUCCGCUUGGCGCCAAGGUGCGUCGCCGCGUGGGGCUGAAGGCUCCGGGCAUCAUCCCGCGCAUCUCCGUGCGCGAGCCCAUGCAGACAGGCAUCAAGGCCGUGGACAGCCUGGUGCCCAUCGGCCGUGGACAGCGCGAGCUCAUCAUCGGAGACCGGCAGACCGGGAAAACGGCCAUUGCUAUCGACACCAUCAUCAACCAGAAGCGAUUCAACGACGGUACGGAUGAAAAGAAGAAGCUGUACUGCAUCUACGUGGCCAUCGGUCAGAAGCGAUCCACCGUGGCCCAGCUGGUGAAGAGGCUCACAGACGCUGACGCAAUGCGCUACACGAUCGUGGUGUCGGCUACGGCCUCUGACGCCGCGCCCCUGCAGUACCUGGCUCCCUACUCGGGCUGCUCCAUGGGCGAGUUCUUCCGCGAUAACGGAAAGCACGCGCUCAUCAUCUACGACGACUUGUCCAAGCAGGCUGUGGCCUACCGUCAGAUGUCGCUGCUGCUGCGUCGCCCCCCGGGCCGCGAGGCCUACCCCGGCGACGUGUUCUACCUGCACUCGCGUCUGCUGGAGCGCGCGGCCAAGAUGAACGACAACUUCAAGGGCGGCUCCCUCACCGCUCUGCCCGUCAUCGAGACCCAGGCCGGCGACGUGUCUGCCUACAUCCCCACCAACGUCAUCUCCAUCACCGAUGGACAGAUCUUCCUGGAGACUGAGCUCUUCUACAAGGGCAUCCGGCCAGCCAUCAACGUCGGUCUGUCCGUGUCGCGUGUGGGAUCGGCUGCCCAAACCAAGGCCAUGAAGCAGGUCGCCGGCUCCAUGAAGCUGGAGCUGGCCCAGUACCGUGAGGUGGCCGCCUUCGCCCAGUUCGGCUCUGACCUCGACGCGUCCACUCAGCAGCUUCUGAACCGCGGCGUGCGUCUCACCGAGCUGCUCAAGCAGGGCCAGUACGUUCCCAUGGCCAUCGAGGAGCAGGUGGCGAUAAUCUACGCGGGCGUGCGUGGCUACCUCGACAAGCUGGAGCCCAGCAAGAUCACCAAGUUUGAGAGUGCCUUCCUGCUGCACAUCCAGAGCCAGCAGAAGGAGGUGCUCGCCACCAUCCGGACUGAGGGUAAGAUCUCCGACGCAACGGACGUGAAGCUGAAGCAGAUCGUGACGUCCUUCCUGUCCACAUUCGAUGCUUGACCUCAUGCACAUUUGGAAAACAUUGCUGAAGUGUUUCCUCGAAAGGGGUUCAAUCCAAUUUUCAGACACGCACCACGUCUGUCAUAUGAGAACCGACCGUAUUUAUGUGCGCAAGGAAAGCAAAAUAAAACUUUACCGACAGUGAA